AUGCAGUUCAUCAAGUCUGUCGGCGUUGUCGCCGCUCUGGCCUCCAUGGUCGCUGCUCAGCCUCACGGUCACCGUCACCAGCACGCUCACGAGAAGCGCGAGCUCGUCUGGGUCACCGAAUGGGUCACCGUCGACCCUGCCACCAUGACCGCUGAGGCCCCAUCUACCACCUCGAUUCCGCCCCCUCCUCCAACUACCACCAGCACCAGCAGCGCUACCACUAGCUCUCCUUCCGUGGCCCUGAAGGAGAACCUGCAGAUGCCCGCUGCUCCCUCCAGCAGCUCUAGCUCCACCCUCAUUCCCACCACUACCUCUGUGGUCAGCACUACUUCCGUGGCGUCUUCCACUUCCUCCGCCGCCGCCGCCACUGGCACCGGUCUGAUCGUUGCCAACCAGCUCGACCAAGACGUCUACGCCUGGGUCACCAACAAUGUCCCAGGUGAGAUGCAGACCAUCCCCGCCGGUGGCUCUCUGCCCCUGCACGAGUGGCUUGUCAACCCCGACGGCGGUGGUGUCUCCGUCAAGUUCUCCACCUCCACCUCCAACGCCGAGUCCGUCCUGCAGUUCGAGUACACCUACCAAGACCCCACUCUCUGGUGGGACAUGUCUUCCAUCAACAUGCUCCUUGACUCCCUGUUCGUCACCCACGGUUUCCUCGUCACCAACAACGCUGGCUGCAAGACUGUCACCUGCGAGGGCGGCAACGCCAACUGCAAGGAGUCCUACCAGCACCCCGACGACGUUGACACUCUCAGUUGUACCGCGGACUCUCUGUUCACCCUUACCCUGGCUCCUACCGUGGAGCAGAUCGCCCAGGCUGCUCUGGAGGUCGGUGAGAACAUGCUGUAA